GUUACAAAGGGGAGUGGCAAAGUGGUUUGUGCUAAAUUUACCGCCCGGUGUCUCAACGAAGAUGGUUUGAAGGACCUGAUUAAACCGUUUGGGGAAGUUGUGAAAGUCAUCAUGUUCCCCACUUUGCUUCAGGCGUUUGUGGAGAUGGGCUCAACUGACCAGGCCGCCGAUAUUGUGACAUACUACCUCAGUAACCCAGUGAUGGUGAAAGGAGGACAAGUCACCUUCUCUGUCUCAUCAACAUUUAAUUUCCUACAGAGUUCCCGGGUGUUGAGUUUUUCCCCGGUGCCUCCUGGUAAAGAGUCCGCCGCGUGGAAGAGAGAGUUACUGGCCGUCGCUGAAGGAUUUGGACCUGUGGAGCACUCUCUAUUCUUACCUACGCAGGCAUUUGUGGAAAUGACUAAUGCACUGGAUGCACAGAAGCUGGUUGGACACCAUACAUCCAAACACCUGAAAAUAGAUGAGAUACAUAUUAAAGUUGGCUUCUCAUCAGAGUAUAAUACACUUCGGACCAUGUCUGAGAGGAAGUCUUCAGACAGGAGCAGGAAGUCUGAAGACAGAUCGAAGAGAAAGAGAACCCCAAGCCCCAGAAGGCGGUCCCUCAGCCCCAGGAGAGAUUCCCCAAUCUCCUCAAAGAGGAGGAGGAGUAGAGAGAGGGAUAGCGACCGUCACAAAGAACGGGCGAAAUCAAACUGUGGGGGUAAAAACAGGCCAAAGUCCCCCAGCAAACAGAGCUCCAGUCGGUCCCCCAGAAGCCUUCGCUCCCAUACUAAAGAGCGGGUGUCCAGUGAGAAGGUAUCCCCCAUUUCCUCAUCCACUCGCUCACAACCUCCCACCAAGAAUAAGACCCCAUCCCAGUCCUCCACUGUGAUGGAGAAGUCCAAAAAGGCUGUCGACACGAUUGACCAGAGCAAGCAAGAAACUGCGACCCACGACAGCCAGGAGGAUGGAGCCAUGGAGGCCUGUGAUAUGGACAGUGACAUCGAGGGAUGGCCGUGUAUGGGGAGGAUGGGGAGGAGAACUCUGACAUGGGAGAGGUGGGGGAGGGAGAGGAACGAGAUGAACUGCAGGAGAGUGCUGAGGACUUAAUCCAGGAGUUUAAAGACCUAUGUGAGCCCAGGCAGAAAGCAACUUCUGGGACUGUAGAUGAUGCUCCUACAGAAGAGCUCUCAGCUACCGGGUCAGAACAGGGGAAAGAGCUCUCAGCUCCCGUGUCAGAACAGGGGAAAGAGCUCUCAGCGACCGGGUCAGAACAGGGGAAAGAGCUCUCAGCGACCGGGUCAGAACAGGGGAAAGAGCUCUCAGCGA